UCAGGUGCAAUAAGGAAGGACAGAGGACUUUGGUCCGAGACGCUGGUUUGAAGCGGUACGUAACGUUUGUCUUGUGAUGAGAUCGACGCUCCUCUGACUGUGACAAGGAGAGACGACCAGCGGGCUUCACUAAAGGUGUUUUGAGAGGUGCUGUGACAUCAUCGAGGGGUGCUGUGACAUCAUCGUCGGCCAUGGAGGGGAGGAGUGUUCUGAGGCGUGCCCAAUCUCUACGGAGCGUCUCUACGGGCGACGGAGACAAGCCCACCUGGGCGGAGGCGGGGUUUAGGGACAGGAUGAAGUCCAUCUCCGUAUCUCAGAUGUUGACCAGAUAUCAAGCCAGCCCUUCAGUAGAGGUCCCUACUCUGAACCAUGUGGAGCACAAGACUGAGAUAACCCAACACCAGACCUCCUUCUCAACCGUCCGUGAGAAAACAAAGAGACAACUGGCAGAGAACGCACAGGAGCGCAAGAUGGAGUCCCCGAUGAGAAACAACGGAGUGAGAGAGGAAACCCGUGGGUCCACCAGCCUGUCAGGGUCCCAGAGGUCGACCAGCCUGUCAGGGUCCCAGAGGUCGACCAGUCUCUCCCGCAGUAAGUCCAUGUCCAGUCUCCCUGGCCCCUCUCCCAGAGUCGACCCGGCCGGGAGUAUCGGAGCCCUGAAGGCUCUCUUCGAGUCCAAGGUCACCAAGGAGAAGGUGAAGAGCAUCAUGGGAGCUGUAGACCAAACACCACCACGUCAGAAGAUGGCAGCUGCGGCCCCAGCCGUCAACGGGUUGGUGGAUGAGAGAGAGGGCCCUAUAGAGGAGAAAGGGCCACUGACAGCUGUACCUUCAGCUGCACCUGCACCCCCGGCUAGAGACAAGGUCACUACACAGGUCGGGAGAACGACGCGCUCAGAGAGGAGAAAGACCAUCAGUGGUAUCAAUCUGGAAAAGAUAUCUACAGCAUCUCAGGAUGAUGACAAGAGGAAGUCGAUCUCAGACCUCAGAGACGCCAGUUCCUCCUCCUCCUUCAACCCGGACAGGGAGAAACCGGUCGCUUCCGUCUCUGUCAGAGCCAUAUCUGCCCUCUAUCUGUCCAAGGUAGCAGCUGCAGAGUCAACAGCUCAAGAUCCAUCCUCUCCAACCAAGAGAGGAGUGAAACCAUCCAAGUUCCUGCCAUGUAAACAGGAGGUGUGUUCAUCCUGUCUGAAGCCAGUCUAUCCUAUGGAGAAAAUGGUCGCUGAUAAAUUCAUAUUUCACAAGAACUGUUUCUGCUGUAAACACUGUCAGAAGAAGCUCAGCAUGCACAGCUAUGCCCCUCUGUACGGGGAGUUCUACUGUGUAUUCCACUACCAGCAGCUGUUCAGGAGGAAAGGGAACUACGACGAGGGUUUUGGACACACCCAACACAAAGACCGCUGGCUGCAGAGAACCAAUGAGACGCCAGGGUCUAACUGCACUGAUGUCAUAUAGAGCUCCCUGAUUGCUGACGUGGUGACCAUGACAACACUGAAUCACAGCAUCUUUGGAGUCCCCUGGGUUAUGUACUCCGUGUACAUACUGUAUACACUGAGUCGCUUGACAGUAAUCAGCAUCAGAGUGCAUUUUAUGGACACAAUUACAGAGAAAUUAUAUGAUGUUUUAUUUCUGAGACAAGAUCUCUCCUGAUUCUGAUUUCAUCUUAUCCAUAUCAGCAAAUUAUUGGGAAUUUUGGUAUCAUAUUAGUAUCCCCGUUAGCUGUUGCGAAAGUAGUAGCUACUCUUCCUGGCGGUCCACACAGAACAUGAAACAUAAUACAGAACAUGAAUAGACAAGAACAGCUCAAGGACAGAACUACAACAAUUAAAAAAUGUGACACCUAGCCUACAUAUCAAUACACACACACACUAUCUGGGUCCAAUAGCCUACAUAUCAAUACAUACGCACACUAUCUGGUCCAAUAGCCUACAUAUCAAUACAUACACAAACUAUCUGGGUCCAAUAGCCUACAUAUCAAUACACACACACAAACUAUCUGGGUCCAAUAGCCUACAUA